ACAAGUCAUAGAGGGCUGCAUUACAGCCCACUGAACCUGCCAUUGGCUGAGCAUCUGGCGCGCGUCUCCGCCUCUCUCAUCCUUCCGAGCGCUCGCGCCCGUCUGCGGAUGCGUGCGACGGCACGGUCUCGCGCCCCGCUGUCCCUGCUCCCCAUCUUUCUCUCUCCGUGUCGCUGAAACGGAAGAUUAACCACAAACACAACAAUGGGAGGAUUUAACGCGUAGCAGCCGCUGCUCCAUUUUAUUGCAAUUGAAAGCGUCGCGUUUGGGUUUAUUCCCCGUGAAAAUGGCGACGGGGGCAGGCUGGCAGCCUCCGUACAACACCUCGACUAGCAACACCAAAUAUACCCCCUCUCCAACGUCCAGCAUGUUUUACGACGGGAGUUUGACGCUGGAAUACACUCAAGACCUGCAUUUGAAGAUGAGCAAGAAGAUAGCACAACUGACCAAGGUAAUUUAUGCUCUCAACACCAAGAACGACGAGCACGAGGAGGAAAUCGAGUCUCUGAAAGAAGCCCACGAGGAUGAGGUCCAACACAUCGUGACUGAAACCAGGGACAAGAUCAUGCAGUACAAGAGCAAGAUGGCAGACGAGGCGGACCUGAGGCGGCGGCUGGCCAGUCUGGAAGAAUCUGUCGAACUCCACGAACACAUGAAGAGACAGGCUUUAGCAGAGUUUGAGAUGUACAGACAGAGAAUGGAGGAUUCGCAGCUCUGCACAGAGGCCCAGCACACACAGAGAGUGGUUUCUAUGAGCAGAGAGGUGGAGGAGAUGCGUCGGGAUUUUGAGGAGAAGCUGCGGGCGUUCAGCCAGGCACAGGCCCAGUUUGAGGCGGAAAAACGGCGAGCGCUGGAAGAUCUGAGGACCACCCACCGCCAGGAGGUGGAGGAACUCCUCAACAACCAGCAGAACCAGAGCGCCUCCUCCACCGAAGACCAGGAGAAACUGGCUGAGCUGCAUAGACAAGAGGUGGAGGCAUUGAUGGAGAGGGUGGAGGAGAUAACGAAGGACAAGGUCCGUCUGGUGGAGGAGUACGAGGCCAAGCUGGCAAAGGCUCAGGAGUAUUAUGAGAGAGAGCUGGAGGCCAUGAGGAGAACACACCAGCUCACCACUGAGAACCUGCUGGCCUGGAAAAGGACCGAGGUUGAGCUUCGUAAGGAGUUCCAGGCUCAGGAAGCUGCGCUGCAGCGCUCUCUGUCCAAGCUGCGGAGUGAGCUUCAGAAAGCACAGGAGGAGGCCAGAGAGAACCGAGACAGGACCAACAGACUGCAGACAUCGCUGGCCAACGCUGAGGGAACUAUCAAGAACCUGCACAAGCAGCUGGAAGAGGCCAUCCAGGACGGAGAGAUCUGGGUGAUGCAGCUGAAGGACACUGAGUAUGAACUAGAGGGCAGCAGGGAACGAGUUCAACAGCAGGCAACUGAAAUCCUCCACAAAGCCAGUCAGAUUGGCUCGUUGCAGGCCACCCAGAUGGCCCAUGAGGCGACCAUUAGGAACUUGGACCAGGAGCAGAACCGGCUGAAAGAGAAGAUCAGCCGGCUGGAGGAGGAGAGAGAGGCACUGCUCAACCAGAGUCAGACCUCCAAUGAACAGCACAAACAGCAAGUGCUGAAACUAGAACAGUCUCUGCGUGAGGAGCACCAGGGGUAUGAGAAGGAGCUGUGCAGGCUGAGAGCACACUCUGAGGAGGAGAUGCUUCGCUUUAAGGAGGCGCAGGUCAGAGCGCUGGAGGAGCUGGAGGAGAAGCACCAGUCCAUGAGGGAGGAGGCGCAGCAGGAGAAAGAGGAGGAGAAGCAGCUCCUCAUGGCGAAAAUGAGUCAGGAGUUUGAGAUUAAGCGUCUGUCAUUGGAGGAGCAGCGCGACCGCCUUCAGCAGCAGCUCGACAACUUGAAAGAGGAGCUCUCAGCCAAGCUCAAUAUGGCCAAUCAGGAGGUGUCCCACCUCCAGGAGCUGGUGAGGGAGGGAGAGCAGAACAUGAGUUCAGCUCAGACACAGAUCAGCUGUCUGAGGGAAACUCAGGAGAAGCUCAAGAUAGAGCUUGACGCUACGAGAGCCCGGGUCCGAGAGACUAGCAACCUGCUAACUGACCUACAGGAGGAGAUCGAGACGCAGAGACAGCAGCAUGAAGCCAGAGUGAUGUCCAUCAGAACAGAAGAGAAACAGAAGAUGGACAAGAUGGCAGACGACUUGGACCAGAAAUGGAGAGACGCACUGCGGGAGGAGGUGCGCCUGUUAAAGGAGGAGUUGACCGAGGAGUAUGAAGCGGACAAACAGGCGGCGCUGACUCAGCUCUCCCAGCAGAAAGAACUGGAGAUGAUGGCGGCAAGAGAGGGCUGGCAGAGGAAGGUGGAAGACCUGCUGGAACAGAUCUCUCUGUUGAAACAGUCCCUGGAGCUGCAGUUGUCUCAGUCCCAGGCGUCACUCCAGCAGCUGCAGUCUCAGUUCAACCAGGAGAGGGAACUGCUGAGCCAACAGCUGAAAGAGAUGCAGAGAGAACAUCAGAGGAGAGAGCAUCGAUUACAGGAGGCUCACUGCUGUGCCCUGAGCACCAUGGAGGAGGCCAGACAACACCAGAUAAGGGCUCUGGAAGAGCGUCUGAAGCAGGAGCAGAGGGAGGAGGUCCAUGCUCUGAAGGAGGCCCACAGGAGGACCUUAGACAUCCUGAGACAGCAGUCGGACCAGGAGCUGCAGACGCUGCGAUUUGAGCUGGAAGACGAGGGGAAAGCAAAGCUGGCGUCUCUCCGUGCAGAGCUGAACCACCUCCACGCUGCCUCCAUAGAGCAUCUAAAGCAGAUCCACCUCAAAGAAAACACUAACGCCAAACGAGAGUUAGAGAAAGCGAUGGAGCACAGCCACCAGCAGGAACAAGAGCUCCUGGGUCGUAUUUCAGACCUGCAAGCGGAGCUGUGCUCUCGUAACAACCGCAUCACCGAUCUGGACCAUGAGAUCCACUCUCUGAACGAGACCAUCGACACUCUGACCAGAGAGCUGGAGAUAAAGGGUAAAGAGGUGCUGCGGGUCCGCAGUGAAGCUAACCAUCAGAUAAGGGCCCACGAACAGGACCUUUCAAAGAGACAUGAGAGGGAUCUGGGGGAGAUAAGUAUAGUCCAUCACAGAGAAACACAAAUCAUGCUGGCUGACUUCAACAAGGCCCAGGAGGUCCUCAAAGACAAGAUCACUGCGCUACAAAUACUGUUGGAGGGGACAGAGGAGAAGUUAAGAAACAGAGAAAGCCGGCCAGAGGACCUGCACGUCAUAGCAGAGCUCAGAGAGAUGGUCACCGAGAGAGAAGCUCUGGUGAAAAAGCUUGUGGACGACAAGAAGUUCUACCAGCUGGAGUUGGUCAACAGGGAGACGGGGUUCAACAAGGUCUUCAAUUCCAGUGCCAAUGUUGGAGUAAUCAACCCUCUUAUCAAGAUAAAAACAGGCAGCCAGUCAGCCCUCAGAACUGUCAGCUGUCCCACCAUGCGUCAUGAAGGACAGGAAGAGGAGGGACUGGAGGGGGAGGAGCAUCCUCCUCUUCCUCCUCCUUCUCCUCAUCCUCCACAUCAUCCCAUGCCAAGCCUUGCUCUUCCUCAUGCUCCUCAUCCUCAGGAAGCCCUGGUGCAGCAUCAGGGCCUACAAAGCUUUAGGAGCCUUCCUGAGGCCAACGCCGCGACACCAUCCGACCCGAGGGCGGCGGAAGCAGGAAAAAGCAAAGAACACGUUCUAAGAGAAGAGGAGCUGUACGCCCAGCACUUCUCUUUCUGACCGGCAAAAAAAAAAGAAAAAAAAAGUGUCCAAAAAUGAGGCAAUGGGACAGCGAGCUAAAGUUGGACAGCAAUCAAACUGUAGGUUUUGAAAGUCAUUUGGGCGACAUCAAUAUCAAACGUCCACCGCUAAAUGUAAUCACAGCGCUCCUAUCAAUCAUGUGCAGGACUGAAACUCCAGUGUGAUUGAAACCUUAGGGCUUCCAUACAUUGUGAGAAUGGUGAGUAGUGUGGCUUGUUAGUGCAUCAUCAUGAAAGUGUGCAUGGCAGCAGGAGGUGAGGUGAUAAAAACACGUUUAUACCAUUGGCAUUAUGCAAAACAUGACAUCUGUGUGAGCUUCAGAGUAGUGAGAGAUAAAUAUAAUCUUAAAGGUUUACAGGACUUCAUCACCCAUUAAUUUUAAUAAACUAAGACCCACAACUCUAGAUGUAGAAUUUUGGAGGUGUGGAGGUACUGAAGAGACUUGCAGCUCUUGUUACCUUUAAAGUCAUUCAGUCAAGAUGAGGGCUGCAUUAAUAGUUAUAACAAAAGACAGCAGAAAUAUUUUAGUAUUAAAGGAUAAUUCUGGUGUAUUACAACUUGGCUGCUACUGGGAAUCCUCCCUGGAAACGAGACGUAAGCGAGGUGUGUAAACAACUCAGCGGUCUGUCAGCAGCAGAAUGGACAGCAGCUGGUUAACCUGCCUUCACCAGGGUAUCUGACAACAGACAAAAACAAAAUAGUUUUCAUGUCAGCGCCAUGGGAAGAAAUCAACCGUGUUUAUAGGUAUUGAUUCAAUAAUUUUAUUUCCCCGCUGUCCCCUGCAGGGAGUGAAGGGAAUCUGUGUGAUCAUCCCUCAUGGAUAACAUGCAUUUAUUAAAUGAGCUGCCGUUUUGACGGUUUCUUUUUCAAAACAUUCAUUCGUUAUGUCAAAGGUCAUAAAAUUUCCAAUACUGAGGGCAGUGAGUCACUUUUAAUAAAGUGGUUUUAUAUAAUCUGGCUGAAUUCUUGGAUUGUGUUGACAAUUUUGUGUAUAAAAUGUCUCGUCAAAACCUCUAAAAUAAUAUCCAAGUUGUAGCAAAGCUGAAUUAUCAAGUGUGGGACUUUGACAUCUCAGUUAACGUCUGUUCCAUUCAAGUCCCUGCCACCAGGGAAAGCUCUCUGUACUUCUUAGUUUACUGAAGUUGAGCUGAGCUGAAACGUUUUUGGAUUGCAUACUAUACAAGAUAAAAAAAAAAAGGAACUCUGCAUUCAGAGGAUUAAGGUCGGAAAAAGUCUUGCAGAGAGCGCUCCUGGUGGUGGGUGAGAUGCGGUGAGCUCACCUGCGGAAAUACGUCAUAAGCAGGCGUCAGUAGUGUUUGUGUAAUUACUCUCACUGCCAGAGGGGGAGACAACAGUUCUGCCCUCAGAUUUCGCAGCCUUCUGUCAGUAGCAUGAAACUCUCAGAAACAUUUUCUCACCCCUUUCCUCUCCGCGGCUGAAACCACAGCCAGACUCUUCAGCUCAUACAAAGAUGUCACAAACAGUGUUGCAGUGAGUACAAGGUGUGGCACUACUAACAUACUUUAGAUUAAGAGGAAGCGUUCUCAGCACAUAUAACAUCUUAUAUGUUUGUCUCUUUUUUGUACUUUAACAUGUGUCUUACAAGCUGUAAUCAGACUGGAAGUGCUUUGAAAGUUCAGCCAGGAUAAAGUGAUUUUUGCCUUGAUACUCGCCUUUAGUCGUUCAUGCUGUGUCCCCAUGUGUAAAUACACACACUCAAACGUGUAUUGAGGAAACAGAACGACCUAGCUGUUGAUUCUGGUUGUGUUUUUUGGCCUCUACAGUAGGAUGAGCUACAGUAUACCACAAUAACGACACCAGCAAAACAAAACAAAACAAAAAAAAAAAAAAAUAGGAAAAAAGACUAACUUUAGCUUGCUGUCCCAGAGCUUCGACUGUGUACAUACAGUAUAUGUUUGAAAGUCAUUUUCAAAUCUCCGAGCUAGCUGAGGGGUGCUUGAUUUACCAUUCCAGACACCUCAGAAGUCUCAGGAGGGGAAACACCACGAGGACGUGAAUCAAGCACCCCUCAUAUUUUUAUUAUUCCAGUAUUUAUAAUGUAACAAGCUACUGUUUUUCUACGGUCUGUUUGUGAUGCCAGUGGAGUCGGAGACAUACAGAGGGAGAGUUCUGUCAGCGACAUGCAGAAGUUGAUUGACUCCUUGCAACUUUUUUUCUUAAUGCCAAGGAGUGUUUAGUUAAACGCUUUAUUUUCAUUACGAGCUCGGAGUUCAUGUCGGUGACGGAAGUCUUUGGCUACAUGUCUCUGCCUGUGGGGCAGGCCAUAGAGCAUGUGAAAACAGAAACACUAUCAUAAUGCUGCUGUCACUCACUUGAAUUCCUCAUAUCUCCGUUUUUUGGUGUACUGUCUGUUUUUUAACUUGACUUGAAAGUUUACAUAGUUCUCGUGCUGCGUAAUUUUCAUGACCUGAAGGUCCACGAAGUCCAUUCAGUAACCUGUACAGUUUCCAAACUGCAUGGUCAUCAUCAGCCCGUAAGAGGCUGUGUUUCUUACUUCUUGAUACGUGGAUAGAGAGACGUGAGGUUUGAGAGUUUACUUCCUCUCACACUGACACCCACGGGGUCCAUUCAACAGCAAAACAAACAGUUCAGUUACAUCACAGCAUUGAUCGAUGCUCGUCUUCCAUAACAGAAUCAACCAAGGCCUCAGUGGUUCAGAAGUGUUUGUGCUGUCAUUGUUUGUAUGUAUGGAUCACACACAAUAUCAGACGCACCUAAAUAAUAAAAAUAAAAAUCCCACUACAUAGAAUUGAAUCUCUGAUAAAGUCUCAAAACAUAUUAAACCCUUGGACAGCUUUGGACUGUUACGUUUUUUCCAUUCAGCCCCUGUACAUAGAUAGAUCGCAAAAACACCUUUGAAGAAGUAUUCAAACUAAAAAUACCCACUUGCUUACUUUACAUGUAGCAGUGUAUGUAAUGUAAACACUUGCAGUAGUGCCCCUGGACCAGACGACCAUAUAAAGAAAUCUGUCACUAGCUGACAUCGGCUUGUCUCAAAAGGUAGAAAAAAGAGUUAGAUCAUUCAUAGCAUUAUAUAAAUGACAGAAAAUAAAAGAAAGCAUAACAGGUCCCCUUUAAACCAUCCACAUUUUGGAAUUGCCCUCUUACCCAGAGCCACAUGAUAUAUAUUAUAUACCAAUCUUCUCAUCUGACUGGGGGUAACGCAACAUUCCAUCAUAUUUCUCCAGAUGAACUUAUUAAGUAUAAUUUAAGUUUUGUCAAAGUAAAAGAAAUGAAACACUUCCUGAAACCGAGUUGAGACAGAACCUCCAGCAGACAUGUCUGUUUUUGUGUCAUAAAGGAAAGACAGGGAAAAUGAGCAAUCAGAUGAAAAAAUCUAUUAGUUAAUACCUUUGUAAAGUCUGAUCUACACUUAACUUCUAUCAUGGCAUCCUAAUAUCCGACUGUCCCCUCAUGACAGAAUGCAGCAUAAUGACAUUGAAGCUUUAGUUAGGCUAAAUGUCAUCAAAGCUGUUACAGCAUAUUAAACUGUUUAAUUGUAAAUACUGACCUGUGACAAAUACAGAUGACGGUAUCAUCUCUGGGAUCGUAGUCCCGACGCUGAACCACAGUUGGUUCAUUCCUCCAUGCUCACUGUGAAGAUUAGAUUUAUUCAAAUUACUAUGUUAAUAUAUUGACAUUUAUGCUCAGACAUCUGCAUCAGACGAUGCAGAAGUCUUUAGGUUCUUCUUAGUUUUUUCUUAUUAAUACAAUUUCUCACAAUCACCUCCAAUUUUACUGCUACUCCUUUUAUUUCCCUGUUGGUAAUUUCACAUAUUUGUAUUCUAAAAACUAAAUCAAGAAGCACAUUGUGUGACUUUGCUGUCUAACAAUGAGAGAGUGUUGAAUGUGUUUUACCUUCCAGGCAACCGGCUGCAAAAAAUGGUGCCUAUUCAUUCCAAUGGAGUUGCUCGUCUGAGGUAUACACCAAAAAAGUUUCUGGCUUUACUACUAGCUUUACUUAUACAGUAUGCAGCCCAUUGAUUAUGCUUUACAUUGUGUCAAAAAUGUUCCCCCAUAACUCACUGAGACACAAAAACAUUGGAAAAUAGGGUGCAGGUUAAAAAAUACCAGACUUACCCUUUAACUUUGAAAACAGUUAAAGCAGACGAGGUAUUUCCUGUGACGAUUGCCAACCUCAAGAAACUUUAACGUCUCUGUUAAUCAGUUCGCAGGAUUGUAAAACACACUCAUUCUUGAGCUUGGAAACAGCAGGUGACAGAACAAUCUCACCACAAGGUCCAUUGAGUGGCUGUUCUGGAGCUUUUCAUUCUAUCACAUGAUCUUCAUCAGCAGAAGGACUUGGCCCUGUUGCUGUUGAAUCCCAGGUGCUUAAAUUUACACACAUUCCUAGCACUUUAAGGACUUCUGGUCCAUGUUGACUGCUAAGUUAAAAGUGACAACCCCUGUGAUUAGAAAGCUCCAGAAUGGCUACUAAAUGGGACUUGAAGUGAGAUUGUUUAUUAUGAAUGAAUAAAUGUGUGAAAACACUGUUAUUAAAUAGCAAAAAUGAUUUUUUUUUUUUAUCUGUUUAGGUUUAUGUUUUUACACAAUUGUUCCCAUUCACAUGUUUUUUUCUUUCUGCACUAUUUGGUUUGUAAUGUAUGUAUUUGCUCAGACAUUAUUGGUUAAUUUUGAUGCAUUUGUUUA